AGAUCUCCACCCACACGUCUGACUCACCCGGAACAACUUGAGCAAAGGUUGUUAUUCUUCCUCAGUGAGCCGAGGUGAGAGCAACGAGAGACUGGUGUUAACGUUCUCCUCUGGAUAAGACCAGACAGCUGCAGGAGGAAAUGCCAGGAAUACUCAGAAUACCUGAAAUAAGAGGGCACUGGAUCCGUAGAUUAAUGUGAGGCUGGAGGAGAGUCUGAAAGGAACACAAAAACGUGACAGAGGUUUUUCUGGGACAGGGAGUGGCCGUCUGUUUCUGCUGCAUUGUGUGCUCGUCUUUGAGACUAAAUGGCGUCAAAGUUAGAGGAGGAUCUGAGCUGUCCCGUCUGCCAGGACAUCUUUAAAGAUCCCAUCAUGCUCUCCUGCAGCCACAGCUUCUGUACAGACUGUCUGCAGAGCAGCUGGAAGGAGAGAGAGAGUGAGGAGUGUCCUGUUUGUAAGACCAGAGUUUCAGAGGAUCUGUUACCUCCAGACUGGUCUUUAAAGAAUCUGCAUGAGACUUUGCUACAGGAGAGAGAUCAGAGAUCUUCAGAGGGUCUCUGCAGUCUGCAUCAGGAGAAACUCAAACUCUUCUGUCUGGACCAUCAGGAGCCGGUGUGUCUCGUCUGCAGGGAUUCAGAAAAACACUCCAACCACAGAUUCAGACCCAUCGAUGAAACUGCAGAAGAACACAAGAAAAAACUUGAGGAAACUCUGCAGCCCUUAAAGGAGAAGUUAACGGUUUGUGAAAAAGUUCAAGUGGAGUUUGAUCAAACUCUGGACCACAUGGAGGUCCAGGCCCGACACACAGAGAGGCAGAUUAAGGAGCAGUUUAAGAAGCUUCACCAGUUUCUAGCAGAGGAAGAGGAGGCCAGGCUGUGUGCACUGAGGGAGGAAGAGGAGCAGAAGGCACAGAGGAUGAAGGAGCAGAUGGAGGCUCUGAGAGCACAGAUAGCAGGUCUUUCACACACAGUCAGAGCCACAGAGGACCAGCUGACGGCCCAAGACGUCUCCUUCCUGAAAAACUACAAGGCUGCAGUGGAAAGAGUCCAGCAGCGCCCCCUGCUGGAGGAUCCACAGCUGCCCUCAGGAGCUCUGAUAGACCAGGCCAAACACCUGGGCAACCUGGGCUUCAACAUCUGGACCAAGAUGAAGGACCUGGUCUCCUACACACCCAUCAUUCUGGACCCAAACACUGCUGGUCCUAAACUCGUCCUGUCUGAUGAUCUGACCGCUGUGAGACCAGGAGAGAGACAGCAGCCUCCUGAUAAUCCAGAGAGGUUUGAACGUAGCUCCACAGUCCUGGGCUCUGAGGGCUUUAACUCAGGGGCUCACAGCUGGGACGUCCAGGUUGGAGACAGUCCUUUCUGGGAAGUAGGGGUGCUAGCAGAGUCUGUCCAGAGGAGGGGGUUCUCGUGGUGUGGACUGUGGACCAUAGGCUUCAGCAGCGAUAAAUACACAGAAUUCUCCCCAUCACAUCCAACCAGUCUGCUGUCAGUGAAGCAGCAGCCAAGGAGGAUCAGAAGGAUCAGAGUGAAUCUGGACUGGAACAGAGGAGAGCUGUGGUUCUCUGAUCCUGACACUAACACACACAUACAUGCUUUCACAAACCCCUUCACUGAGAGGAUGUUUCCAUUCAUCUAUACUGGAGGUAAACUCCUACUGAAGAUUUUACCAGUGAAGGUCUCUGUGACUGUAGGAACUGAUAGGUCGUGGCGAUGAUGUUUGUAUUCUGAAUCUUCUUACAUGACUGUUGUGGUGAUGAAAUUUGUUUAUAGGAUGGUCUGAUCACAUCCAUUCAAACCGAGGUGUGCAGGUGCUAAACUGAGAAGAUGAAGCAGUCUGAUGAGGAGCAGCAGUGCUUGAAAUGUCCCUACUUUUGUGGCAGGAAUAUUCUGGACAGUAGAGCUCCGGAUCUCUUCAGUGUACAAAAUGUUCCUUUUUUUGUGUGAUGAAAUGUUUUGUCGAGGCAGCGGGAUGUCUUUUACAGUUCAUCCUUUGUCUGCAAAGACUCAUCAAGUGUAUUUGUAGAAUUUCUGGUCAAAAAUACUUCAUAACAUGAAGCCGCAGGUCUCUGUAUUAGGCCCACUUUUAUUUACCAUUUAUGUGAAUGAUCUCAGUCAAAAUGGGUCAAAUGCAACAGUACAUUUUUAUGCUGAUGACACCAUUGUGUACUGCUGUGCUGCAUCUCUUGCACAAGCUGUUGAAAAUUUGCAAAAUGCCUUUGUGGUCAUUCAAAAUACACUGCACGAACUGAAACUUGUUUUAAACGCACAUAAGACCAAGCUAAUGUUUUUUACCAGAUCAAAGACCAGGUCACAAAAUGUUCCUGUGCUUUCUACUGUUGAUGGAAAGGAGGUCGAGGUUGUACGCUGUUACAAAUACCUGGCUGUUUUGAUUGAUGACUCUUAAUUUUAAAUCACAUGCACAGUGUCUUGUGAAAAAGCUGAGGCUAAAACUGGGUUUUUAUUUCAGAAACAAGUUGUGCUUUUCUUUUAAUGUUAGAAAGCGGCUUGUCGCUGCAAAUUUUUUACCUCUUUUAGACUAUGGUGAUCUGUUGUACAUGUGCUCUGCACAGUGUCUCCAUAUGGUUGAUACUGUCUACCACGCACCCUUGAGGUUCAUUACCAACUGUAAAGCUCUGACUCUCGGGUCGGAUGGCCUGCUUUGGCGACCCGGAGGCUCAUUCAUUGGUACACCUUUAUUUAUAAGGCAGUUCUUGGUCUGCUUCCUCUCUAUCUAUGUGUUUUUAUCAUGCAGAGAAGCGGACAGUAUUCUUUGCGUUCUCAGGACCUCUUUUUGCUCUCCGUCCCAAA